AUGAGCAAGCUCCUCACUGCAGUCUUCUGUGCCAUCGCCUUGACCUCUGUGGCUCUCGCUGCCCCUGCUGGGAGCGCGGCUGCAUUGGUUAGCCCUAUACCCUCCCCGGUAUUGAGUGCAGAGCCGGAGCAAGAGACAACCCCGCACGCGAGCGAUAACCCCAACAGCGUCCUGUGGAACCUCACUACCACUGGCGACCCUCAACCUAUCCGGGGCACUCUUGGGGCUCCCAUCAUGGCGCAGCAGAACAUCCCUCUGCAGCAAAUGAACCCUGACCUCCUCGCCCCGCCGACUACGGACAAUGGAGACAUACCCAACCUUAAGUGGUCGUUCACGAUGAGUACGAAUCGUCUUCAGACUGGCGGUUAUGCUAGGCAACAGAACGUCAACCAGCUCUCUAUCGCUACAUCCAUGGCCGGUGUCGACAUGCGCCUGGAGGCCGGUGCGAUCCGGGAGCUGCACUGGCAUAAAACGGCGGAGUGGGCCUAUGUUCUGAGCGGCCAAAUGCAAGUUACUGCAGUCGACGCGAAUGGCAGGAACUUCUUGGGCACAGUGAAUGCUGGUGACUUGUGGUAUUUCCCGGCUGGUAUCCCUCACAGCCUGCAGGCAACAGCAACGGACCCUAACGGAGCGGAGUUCCUUCUGAUCUUCAAUAGCGGAGACUUCAGCGAAGACUCUACCUUCUUGUUGACCGACUGGUUGGCGCACACACCCAAGGACGUCCUUGCGAAGAACUUCGGCACAACAAUCGAAGCGCUCGAUAAUAUCCCUGCCCAACAACUGUAUAUCUUCCCCGGAGCACCCCCUUCUCCGGACGCAGUCGCGCCUGAAGACCCGCAGGGCCAGGUGCCAUUGCCAUACACGUUCCCGCUCUCGCAAGUCUCGGCAACCCAAUACGCCGGUGGUUCUGUGAAGAUUGCCGACUCGACGACAUUCAACGCCUCCACCGGCAUCUCCGUUGCUGAUGUCACUGUUGCUCCUGGCGGCAUGAGGGAGAUGCACUGGCACCCGACACAAGACGAGUGGACCUACUAUAUUUCCGGCAAUGCUCGUGUCACGGCGUUCGCGUCUACGAGCACCGCCCGCACGUACGAUUACCAGGGCGGCGACAUAGGGUUCUUCCCCGCUUCGUAUGGCCAUUACAUCGAGAACAUCGGCGACACUGACCUGCACUUCCUGGAGAUUUUCAACACUGAUGUUUACCAGGAUGUCAGCUUGAACCAGUGGCUUGCCGUGACACCUCCUGAGCUUGUCCAAGAGCACUUGGAUCUGCCUAACGACACUUUGGCGUCACUGAGCAAGACGAAGCCCAUCAUCGUGGGGAGCACUGCAGUCUGA